GCGCGGCGCCACCGGGUGUUUACCUGGCGUCCUAGCAACGGGCCGCGCGCGGAGGGGGCGCGGAGCCUGGCGCUGCAGUGUGUGUGCUAAGCUCAGAUCGGAGCCUUGACGGAUCCCAUGGGUGUGGCUCUGAGGAAAUCCGCGCAGUGGACUGCUGCAGGUUACGGAACCAGAACCUUGGAAAUCACUCCUCUCAAUGAGGCGAUACUGAAAGAAAUUAUGAUCUUCGUGGAGAGUUUUAUCUACAAACAUCCCCAAGAGGCAAAAUAUGUUUUUGUAGAACCACUUGAAUGGAAAACAAACUUGGACCCCUCAGCGUUUGAAUCGGGAUAUAUAGUCAGUGAAACAACAGUCAAAUCAGAAGAAGUUGACAAAGAUGGGCAGCCCUUGCUGUUCCUCUCUGUGCCUCACAUUAAGAUCAGGAGCUUCGGGCAGCUGUCCCGCUUCUUGCUUACUGCCAAAGAUACAAAACUGAAGGAAGCACAGGCCUGUAUCGAAGCUAACAGAGAUCCCGUAACAAAAAUCCUGGGUUUGGAUUAUAAUGCGAUGAAAGAUGACACAUCCGUAGUGAAUAUUCUUGAUAAAAUCACCAAAGAUGGAGAUCCCGAAAGUGAGAUUAAGAUGAAGCUUGGCGUACUGCUCAAGCACCUGGAUCUGCACCUACUGAAUCAUUCUCUGAAACAUAUUUCAUUAGAAAUAUGUUUAAACCCAGCAAUUGUUAAGAACGAUAUAGAACAGCUGAAACAUCUCUCAGGGAAAGGAGAACAAACCGUCUUGGAAUCUAUCGACUACACCUCAGAUUAUGAAUUUUCAAAUGGAUGCCGAGCCCCACCUUGGAGACAGAUUCACGGGGAAAUUUGUUAUGUGGUGGUGAAACCACAUGAUGUUGAAACUCUCUGCAUUACCUGUAGUGCCGAAGGAGUAUUUUUAAAUGGUGGCAAAACAGAUGAUGAGGGGGGAAUUAAUUAUGAAAGAAAAAGUGAAAUUUAUAAAGACCUUGUCACAUUUUUAAAAGAAAAAUCAGCAAAAUUCUUGGAAAAUAUGUCUAAACAGGAUGUUAGAUUCAGUGAAGAAUGGGACAAAGAAAAGGAGCUUAAUGAGGCACCUAAAAAGGAAGAAGAACCCACCCUUCAGAAAGCUCUUCCUGCUUCAGCCAAGAGUGCGCUGGAGAAGAACCAAAUUAAUUUUGGGAAGAGUCAAAUGACCAAAAGAUUAGAGCCAAGUUUAAACUGGAAGGCCACUGUCGAUUUCAAAGAUCACAAAAACGUACUGAGAGACACCCAAGAAGAAAGACACGGGGGAAAACUUGAAAGGUCUGGACCAAUUGUUUCCGCAGGAAGAACACAGUUAGUCCGUAAGAGUGCUGAGAAGAUUGAGGAGAUUAUCAGUGAGAGCUCCUCAGAGAGUGAGGAAGAUGAAGAACCACCUGAUCAUCGUCAGGAAGCAAAUGCAGAUUUGCCAUCGGAAUAUUGGCAAAUUCAGAAGCUGGUGAAAUAUUUAAAGGGAGGAAAUCAGACAGCUACAGUGAUUGCGUUGUGUUCAAUGAAGGAUUUCAACUUAGCGCAGGAGACCUGCCAGCUGGCGAUCAGGGAUGUCGGAGGCCUUGAAGUUUUGAUAAAUUUACUUGAUACAGACGAAGUCAAGUGUAAGAUUGGUUCAUUAAAAAUCCUGAAGGAAAUCAGUCAUAAUCCGCAAAUCAGACGUAAUAUUGUUGACCUUGGGGGCUUACCAAUUAUGGUUAAUAUACUUGAUUCUCCACAUAAGAGUCUGAAAUGCCUGGCAGCUGAGACAAUCGCAAAUGUGGCCAAGUUUAGAAGAGCCCGACGGGCGGUGAGACGCCAUGGGGGCAUCACCAAACUGGUCGCUCUACUCGACUGUGCACACAAUUCACAAGAACCGGCUCAGUCAAAUCUGUAUGAUGCCAGAGACGUGGAAGUAGCUCGUUGUGGGGCGCUGGCAUUAUGGAGCUGCAGUAAGAGUUAUGCAAAUAAAGAAGCCAUUCGUAAAGCUGGCGGCAUUCCUUUGUUGGCUGGCUUACUGAAGACUUCGCAUGAGAACAUGCUAAUUCCAGUGGUGGGGACAUUACAAGAAUGUGCAUCAGAGGAAAACUACCGAGCUGCAAUCAAAGCAGAAAGGAUAAUUGAAAAUUUGGUAAAGAACCUAAAUAGUGAGAAUGAACAAUUGCAGGAACACUGUGCCAUGGCCAUCUAUCAGUGUGCCGAAGAUAAGGAAACCCGUGACCUGGUGAGACUUCAUGGAGGACUUAAACCCCUGGCCAGUCUGCUCAAUAACACUGACAAUAAAGAACGGUUGGCCGCGGUCACGGGGGCAAUAUGGAAAUGUUCCAUCAGCAAAGAGAAUGUGACCAAGUUUCGGGAAUACAAAGCCAUUGAGAUGUUGGUGGGACUUUUAACUGACCAGCCUGAAGAAGUACUUGUGAACGUGGUUGGUGCACUGGGGGAAUGUUGUCAGGAAUAUGAAAACCGAGUCCUUGUCCGGAAAUGUGGUGGCAUUCAACCACUUGUGAACCUCCUCGUAGGAAUAAACCAAACUCUUCUUGUCAACGUCACAAAAGCAGUUGGUGCUUGUGCAGCAGAACCCGAAAGUAUGGCGAUAAUUGAUCGCUUAGAUGGAGUUCGUUUGUUGUGGUCUCUGUUGAAAAAUCCUCACCCAGAUGUGAAGGCCAGUGCAGCUUGGGCCCUCUGUCCCUGCAUCCAAAAUGCUAAGGAUGCUGGAGAAAUGGUUCGUUCCUUUGUUGGUGGUUUGGAACUUGUUGUCAAUUUACUGAAAUCAGAUAAUAAAGAAGUUUUGGCAAGUGUAUGUGCUGCUAUUACCAAUAUAGCAAAAGAUCAAGAAAAUUUAGCUGUAAUUACAGAUCACGGAGUUGUCCCUUUAUUGUCCAAACUAGCAAAUACAAAUAAUGAUAAACUGAGGCGCCAUCUAGCAGAAGCUAUUUCACGCUGCUGUAUGUGGGGGAGAAACAGAGUGGCCUUCGGCGAGUACAAAGCAGUGGCUCCAUUAGUGCGUUACCUGAAAUCAAAUGACCCCAAUGUACAUCGAGCGACAGCUCAAGCCUUGUACCAGCUCUCGGAAGAUGCGGAUAACUGCAUCACCAUGCACGAGAAUGGAGCAGUAAAGCUUCUGCUGGAUAUGGUUGGGUCGCCAGACCAGGACCUCCAGGAAGCCGCUGCCGGUUGUAUAUCCAACAUACGCAGACUGGCUCUUGCUACAGAAAAGGCAAGAUACACUUGAAAUGUGAUCAGAUGUUAACAGCUACCAAAUUUUACGUGACAGAGAACCAGGCAGUCCCAUGGCCAGGGAGCCUAGACCAGGAAGCAGUGACUAGCAAAUGCUUUUUACAAACAGAUAAACGUCUGGAUGAAAACACAGGAACUAAAAAGUCAAAGGGUGCUAUUCACCCACAAAUUGCAUAGGUAUUUGUGUCCUGUUUAAUAUUUUAGGGAUAUGCCAUAUAAAGAAAUGUAAAACCAAUAAAUUUGUGAUAAUUUUCCAAGAAUUUGAGAAUAUAUGUGUACAAUACAUAUACUUAUUUGGGAGGAUACUUUUGUAUUUGUGAUGAUUUUAAUAAAAGAUAUGGCUUUCCCAGUG